AUGGAUUGCCAUAGCGUGGUGUCAGUUUGCAGGUCCAGCACCCUGGACGUGAUCCAUUCGUCCACCUGGCGGCACUGUUUUCGCCACGUCCUGGGGCGGCCGCUGGAGAACCAUGGCAUGUUGGGGGCUGGAGGCACGGGGCCGUCCGCUUCGUCCUCGCGCUCCGUACGCAACGGCGUCUUCCGCCGACUCCUGAGUCGUUUCUAUGCAGGUGACUUUAUGGCAGACUACGAUGCGUUUUUCUUUAUGGAGAUCGACGCCGUCCCGGUUCGAGCUUGGUGGAUCGAGCAGUUGCUCCUCGAGACGGUCGAGACGAAAACGGCCACGGCCAGCGCCAUUCGUGGCAGCGGCUACAGAGGAGAUCUCUUCGAGGACGGACCUUUUAAUGGCGCCGAGAGGUUGGAGAUUCGGUACGUCAAUGGUAAUGCCAUCUACAAUUUGCGUCAUCCCUGGCUGAGAUGGUUGCAUUCCCAGCUGGAGAAAGAAGCAUCAGAAGUAGACUCUUGGCCGCAGCGUUGCCAUAGGCUACGCAGCCUUCGGAUCAUUCAGGCACUGGCAUCCAUAGACUUCGACGUGAGGAUAGGCUCGUCCAGCUUCAGGGACAUCUAUUCUGCGUUGGUGGCUCCGGGCGAGGAGCCGUAUCGAAGUGACUCCAGGUUGAUAGGAAGUUUUGGCAAUGCCUUGCUGAAUCAGAGCUUCGAGAGCAAUGUCUAUGUGCGACAAGUUUCCGUCAACAACAUCCUUUACAACUUGGAGGAUCGCCUGACCUUGAGCAUCGCUGCGUAUGGGGACGAGUACCAGGAGCUGUAUGCCAGCGUUCAAGCGACUCAUCCUUUCAGGAGCAUGCUGGUCAUGUCUUAUGGCCACACCCCGGUGCGACCGGAUGCUUCUUCGGAGUUGAUCCUCACAGCCAACGGGGCCACAGAGGUUCAGUUCCGAAGCGCUUUGAACAAAAACCGGAGGCAUUUAGCUGUUUGCGACAUGGCCUCCGUGAUCACCACGAAAUACUUCGCAGCGGCCUCAAUGGAGAACUUCGGAUGA